AUGUCGAGUACCCCCGAGGGCAGUUCAGAACUGAGAGCACAAUUACGAGAGAUUUUCAGGCGGGAGGGGCUCCAUGACAUGACAGCAGUCUUGCAAAUUCUAUCGCAACUGAUACCCGAAUCUCUACAAGAGGAAUGGCUGGAGCAGAUGGAGGAGACCGAUAAAAAAGGCUGUCCAGAGUCCUUCAUCGAUUCGCUACCGAGGAUACACAAAUCAAAGAUCACGCCCGAAAGCAGCUGCUCGAUCUGCUGUGGCAAUUACCUGGAUGAAGAUUACCCCCUGGUCAUUCGUCUGCCUCACUGCGGUCACGACUUCGAUCUCGAAUGCAUAUCAGUCUGGCUUGCAAAGAGCACCAGCUGUCCGCUCUGCAGAGAUGACGUUCUGUCUCACAAGCCAGAAAUCGACACAAGCGGUCUGGAAGUGGAAGAAGAUUGGGGGAUGUACGGUUAA